AUGGCUGCUUUCAGGUGGCUUUCGCUUGCUGCUGCAGCUUCGGCUGUGCUGGCUCUGACUCCAGAGCAGUUGAUCAGUGCUCCCCGCAGAUCUGAGGCCAUCCCCAAUCCCUCCGGAACUGUCGCGAUCUUCUCCAGCUCGCAAUACUCGUUCGACUCGCACGAGUCCAGUUCCUCGUGGAGCUUGCUCGACAUCAAAUCAGGAAACAUCCGCCCCCUCACCAACAACAGCGAUGUCUCCGAGGUGGUCUGGCUGACCGACUCGACUGUGCUAUACAUCAAUGGCUCCAAUGCCAACAUCCCUGGUGGUUCGGAGCUCUGGGUGUCGGAAGUCUCCAGGUUUGGCUCAGGAUACAAGGCCGCCUCGCUGCCAGCUGCAUUCUCUGGCCUGAAGAUUGCGACCACAGGAUCAGGAGACGUCAACUUCAUCGCCAACGCCAAGUCGUAUCCCAAUGGCACUGCGUACAACGAGGAGCUCGCUGCCACUGCUCUCAGCACUGCCCGCAUCUACGACAGCAUCUACGUCCGCCACUGGGACUACUACCUCGACACCACCUUCAAUGCGGUCUUCUCCGGAAAACUGCGAAGAAGCCAGCACUCGCGCUUCGUCUCUGCUGGGGGAUUGAAGAACCUCGUCUCCCCGGUGAAGAACGCCGAGUCGCCAUACCCUCCGUUUGGAGGCGCGUCCGACUAUGACAUCUCGGCCGAUGGCAAAUGGGUCGCAUACAAGAGCAAGGCUCCUGAUGUCCCCCAGGCCAACUACACUACUGCCUACAUCUACCUCGUUCCUCACGAUGGUUCGGAGACUGCUGCUCCCAUCAACGGACCGGAUAAUGCUCCCAAGGGCAUCGCAGGCGACUCCAACAACCCUGCCUUCUCGCCCAACGGCAAACGCCUGGCUUACUUCCAGAUGGAAGAGGAUACCUACGAGGCCGACCGCCGUGUGAUAUACGUCUACGACGUCGCGUCAAAGAAGAUCACCGCCCUCGCAACAGACUGGGACAGCUCACCCGACUCUCUCAAGUGGACUGACGACCGGACUAUCGUUGUCGGCUCCGAAGACCAGGGCAGCGGCAACCUCUUCCUCGUCCCUGUUGAGAAAGCAACUGGCCAUGACUUUGCACCUGACAAACUCACCAAGGGCAAGUUCGCGUCUGCUUACUAUCUCUUGCCGAACAAGACCCUCCUCGUCACCGGAUCAACCCUGUACUCGAGCUGGUACGUCGACACUGUCAGCCUCGACCCCAAGAAGGGCGUGCUAAAGACACUCGCCUCCGCGCACGAAAUCGACCCCGAGCUCAGCGGCCUUGGACCUAAGGAUAUCGACGAUAUCUGGUUCACCGGAAACUGGACUGACAUCCACGCCUGGGUAAUCUACCCCGAAGGCUUCGACAAGAGCAAGAAAUAUCCUCUCGCCUACCUAAUCCACGGCGGUCCCCAAGGCGCCUGGUACAACUCCUGGAGCAGCCGGUGGAACCCCAAGGUCUUCGCCGACCAGGGCUACGUCGUCGUCGCCCCAAACCCAACUGGGUCUACGGGAUACGGCGAUGAACUCACCGACGCCAUCCAGAACAACUGGGGCGGCGCCCCCUACGAAGACCUCGUCAAAGGCUGGGAAUACAUCCGCGACGAACUCCCCUACAUCGACACCGAGAACGGCGUGGCAGCGGGCGCCUCGUACGGCGGAUUCAUGGUAAACUGGAUCCAGGGCAGCGAUCUAGGCCGAAAAUUCAAAGCGCUUGUAACCCACGACGGGACAUUCGUCGCAGACGCCAAGAUCUCAACGGAGGAACUGUGGUUCAUGCAGCGCGAGUUCAACGGCACGUUCUGGGGCGCGAGGGAGAAUUAUCGACGGUUUGACCCGAGUGCCCCUGAGCGCAUUCUGCGGUUUGAUACGCCGCAUCUGGUUAUCCAUAAUGAUUUGGAUUAUCGCUUGCCGGUGGCGGAGGGGCUUUCGUUGUUUAAUGUCCUCCAGGAGAGGGGGGUGCCGAGUCGGUUUUUGAACUUUCCGGAUGAGAAUCAUUGGGUUACAAACCCCGAGAACAGCCUUGUCUGGCACCAGCAGGUCCUUGGCUGGUUGAACAAGUACUCUGGCGUUGGAGAGAGUAGUGAGGAUGCCAUCAGCUUGGAAGAUACCGUUGUGCCGGUUGUUGAUAUCAACCCGCCUGCCUGA